AGUCUCCUAGGACAAGACACUGGGUCCUCAUUCCCCAGGUGACUGUGGGUCACGUGGCUGACGUCACAAGCCAUGGCCGCAACCAUGGGGAGAUUUGAGGGCUAGCCAGACUGGACAAGGAGGAGGUGACCAAGAGGGUGACCAGGCCCGGAAUCUGGCUCUCCCAAACAGGGUGGUGGGGGGAAUCAAGUUUGGAGGGUCCAGCAGUGUUGGAGCUCAGAAUGCGAACACAGGGCCAGAGCGCCCCCUGGUGGCAGGCCGGGCUCCAGCCAAGGUUGCCUUGGGUUUGAAACGGACCAAUGAAGGGAUCACGUUCGAUCAGGUACUUGCAUCCUACCCGCCUCCCCAGGAUUCUUGACAGGUGUGUGCCCCACAAAUCUCCGCAGCCCUGGCGCUGGUCAGCUCCACAGACGGGCCGCUUCAGCUCCUCGCUGUGUAGCCCUGGCCUGCUGGUAGCAUUGUACAGGCUUGACCACGGAUGAACUCUCGUGCAGCUGUUGCUCCAUUAAUUCGCCAGGCCACAGGGCUCUCGGGCCCAGGCCUUGCUACUGAGCUCUGUGAGAAAGGAGCGUGCCAGCACCAACUCACAAAGCCCCAGCUUUGGAUCGUGUGUCAUCCGAGCAUACUUGCCUCUGCCCACCCUGGGCCUCUCCCUGACCUCUCCAGACAUAACCCUUGGAGAUUCUAGUAUGGACGUAGAUGGCCAUCCAGCCCAGCCUCCCACUCCUUGCAGGAGGUGUGUGUAGAAUGGGUCCUGGAAGAAGGUGGUUAUGAAACCCAGCUGUGACCACCUGGCUAGGUGUAGAAAUGAGGGCUGUCCUGAGUACUUCGAUAUGAAAACGCAUGUAGGUUAUCCAGCUCUUCUUUCCCUCAGCCCCUCCCCUGCCAUUUAAGGUGAGAAGUGUUUAGGCUUCUCUCCAGUAGGCCAGUUUCCGGCGUCUAAAGGGGGCGUGAACGGCGGGAAGAGUUGAAUGGCGCCCAAACCUGGAUGAAGGAACGUGUCCUCUUUAGGGAAAGAGCUAACAGGUGUUCUUUGGGGUCAGAGGUGGAACAACUGCAUGUUAGAAGUGUGAGUGCGAUUAUGUUUAUUUGGGAAUUUAAAGAGGGGGGUACGAGUGCCAAGUCGACGAGGGGGGGGACCGUGGCGCUUCCACUUGCCGGGAUGCCCUUCCCGGUUUGCCUCCGGUCGUCUCGGCUGGAGGCGUGGGUUUCGGGAGACGGGAGAGGAGCGGGAGGUGGUGCAGGCCAGGUGUCCUGCAGCCCGGAGCUCCUCCAGCUGUGCGGGGGUCUGGCCCCGGCCCGAGUGCGGCCGGUGGGAGCACCUGCUCCUCUUCACCCGCCUGUCCGGCCGAGACGCAGGUGCGGGCAAGCCCGCGAAUCCGUGGUGCGUCUCGGCGGGAGUGGAGGGUCCGGCCAGGCUGGACCUCACCCUACAGCCCUCGGCCCGAGGUCCUCAGCAGGCAGGUCUCGUCGCCCCCUCGGGUGCAAAGUCUGGACAAACGAGACUCCGGCCUGUCGGGAACCUCCGUUCGGACCCCUCCCCGCCGGGAUGCAGCUAGCUGCCUCGGAGUCCGGCUCGGGCCCCUCCCGGCGGCCGGAAGAGGAAGCGUCGGGUCGUGCCCGUUUCCGGAUGUUGAAGCCCCGCCCGCAACUGGGCGUGGCAGAUCCGCUCGUUUCCGGGCGCGGCGGAGCCGGCGCGCCCAUCCUGCUUGGAGGUCCGUCCUGUGUCUGUCGGUCUUUCUGUCUUUUGGUUCCGAGCGCGCGGCUACCGCAGGUGCGGAGCCUGCGUUAUCUGCUGCCCAGAGCCGAGGGCAGGGCGCACAGAAGUACCGCAGUGUUGGGUAACCGGCUCCCCCGGCAGGUGCGGUCAUUUGAGGCCAGGAGGGGCCCACAGUGGGCCAGCAAGCCCAGGCAGUACCCCUGGGACCCUGCCCUGUUCUGGAGCAUGCAAAGACCCCUUAUGUUCCCAGUGUCCCCUUGGCAGGAGCAGCUCUGAUACAGCUUGGCUUAGCCACAGGAGCCACCGCUUUAG